AUGAAACAGAGCCGGUCCCAGGCAUAUUUCAAAAUGAGUCAAAGGGAAAGUAUCAGAAGGAUCAGCAUCGAAAAGAGACGGGAGAUUAUCGGAGUCUCCCAGGCUGGAGUGUCCCAGCGCGCCAUUGCUCAGAGAAUCGGCUGUUGUCUAUCUUCGGUCAACCGCAUCGUUCAAGCAUACAGAGACGAAAAUCGAAUUGAAGAUGCACCCCGAAGCGGUAGGCCAUCAUCGACCACGCCCGAAGAUGACAGAGCCAUUAUAGGAGCCACCUGCGCGGAUCCUUUUUCGACGGUGGUGGAUAUAAAGCGGGAGCUCAGCCUGAGCGUGUCUGCAAAGACUCUAAGGCGACGACUCAAGUUUCUGGGUCUGGAGUCUGGCGUCGCCGUGCAGAAGCCGCUGCUCACUCUGGAUCACACGGCAGCUAGAUUACAGUUCGCCAUUCGACACCAGCACUGGGACGUUGCAGAAUGA